UUUCACAGGAGCUUCCGUUACAAAGACCUCUGACAUGGGAGAAGUCGUAAGUCCCCUGUGACAUCAAGAUCAAGGUUAAGAUCAGUCAACAACAACAAACGGAGCUCGAAAAUGGGGACUCACCCAAAGGACGUGGAGAUCACCGACGAGCACCCCAAGAGCCUCCUGCUGCAAAAACAUGCCGACUACAUCCUCAGCUACACCAAGAAGAAGGAGGACUAUGAGUACACCAUGACCGAGCACUUCCGCAUGUCCGGGAUGUACUGGGGCCUCACCGCUAUGGACAUAUUGGGGCAGCUGGACAAGAUGAGCCGCAGCGAGGUGAUCCAGUUCAUCCACCAGUGCCAGGAUGUGGAGUCCGGGGGCUUCUCGGCGAGCCUGGGACAUGACCCUCACAUGCUCUUCACCCUCAGUGCUGUGCAGAUCCUGGUGAUGCUGGAGGCGACAGAGGAGAUCAGCGUGGAGGGCGUGGUGAGGUACGUCAGUGGCCUCCAGAACAGCGAUGGGUCCUUCUCAGGGGACAAGUGGGGGGAGGUGGACACCCGCUUCUCCUUCUGCGCUGUGGCCUGCCUGUCGCUGCUGAAACGGCUGGACGCUCUCAACCUGGACAAGGCGGUGGAGUUCGUGAUGCACUGCCAAAACGUGGACGGAGGCUUCGGCACGCGCCCGGGAUCUGAGAGUCAUGCCGGACAGAUCUACUGCUGUCUAGGCCUUCUCUCCAUCACUGGUCAGCUGCACCAAGUGAACGGCGACUUGCUGGGCUGGUGGCUGUGUGAGCGCCAACUUCCCUCCGGCGGACUCAAUGGGCGACCUGAAAAGCUGCCGGACGUGUGCUACUCCUGGUGGGUGCUGGCCUCCCUCACCAUGCUGGGACGCCUGCACUGGAUCAACGACACCAAGAUGCGGCUCUUCAUCAUGGCCACGCAGGACCCUGAGACUGGGGGCUUCACGGACCGGCCCGGGGACAUGGUGGACCUCUACCACACACUCUUCGGGCUUGCCGGCCUGUCACUGCUGGGGGAGACGGGGCUGAAGGAGGUCAACCCUGUGUUCUGCAUGCCCCAGUACAUCAUGAACCGCCUCGGCAUCACUGUUCAGAUCGUUGCGGCGUGAGGGGGGGUCAGGGUCAGGUCACUCCUUGGUUGGGUUGAGGCUUACGAUGCAGCUCUGUGAUCGGUGGGGUUUGAAGUUUUCCCGUGCGGUCUCGGGAUGGGCGACUGAUUCCCAAGGUUUAUUUUUUUUAUGUCAGAGCAAUUGAUGCGUAUUAUUUUUUUGGUGUAAUUAAAAUUGUGUGGCGUUGUCUUCAUGAAUUAAUGCACGCUGUAUGGCAGCACUGAAUAUUUCACUGAUCUGUCCAGGUGGAAAAUGGGUAUGGAAACAUUCCAGCCUAGAGCUUGCCUAUUGUUUUGUUCAGAUGGUAGAGCCUUGGAACUUUACUCUGGCAAAGACCACCAAGUCUACGCAAGUCCAUGUAGGUGUAGCAAGCAAAGUUCUGGAUGACGUGGCCGUGUGGCGCUGCUGAGUGGUGAGUUAUCUUUCCUUAGCCAUGAUUGUGAUGACAGAAUGUGGAAUAUACAGUUGAUAGAUUUUAACUUAUUAAAUGUUGUCAAUAUAAUUUGGAAGUGUGCCUCAGUAAAUUUAUACUGAAAUAAAAUAAUCUGUUGAUGAAUAUGAGCUUACCACAUGUAACACAAUCAAUCAAGAAUUAUAAAUUCUCCACCAAGCCAAUAUAAAAACAUUAUUGUGGUCAGAGGAAGUAGGAAAUUAUUUUUUUUCUAUGAAUUGUUAUUUGUGAACACAAAUAUUUAUUGUGUAAAUUGGUGCAAAGCACUGUUUUCUUGAUUAAUGAAAAAAAACAUUUCACAA